GAGCGCACACCCAUGGUGCGCAUUUAGUCGCAAUGGAUGUAUUACACUCGCAAAAUGUUCCGUGCUUGGCACUCGUCCUCGGCGACGAGGAGGCCCUCAAUUCCCUACAGGACAGCUUCUCCGCCUUUCCACACGGCGUCACCUACGCGCAAUUUCGUCGUCUCCUCCUUUCGUACCUUCACGGAGACGCGGAAUUUGAGGCGGGAAACGACGCCGCGAGUUCGCCCUACUCGUCUCUCCCAGCCUCCUCCGACGCUCUCCAUUUGCCGUCGCCGUCCUCGUUUCCGCGCACUGCAUCGCCUCUAGAAGCUUCCGCAACGCCGGGAGUGGCCCGCACCAGCGGCUCCUCGGCCGGUACAUCAUCAUCGUGUACGGCGUCGGGGAUGCAUGUGCUCGAGGGUCAGGACACAAAUCGCGAGGAAGCCCGCCUGCGCCGCGUCCGCACCCGACAAGAGCUGGCCGGUGUCUGUGCGACGCCGGUCGAUCCUCUCAAGCAGCUCUUCAACCGAAUCGACGUGCGGAACGAGCAGCGCGUGACAUGGGAUGACCUGUUGGAUUACGUGGUGGCAGAGGCGGGUGCUGGCGCGGCUGAAGCUCGCUACGGUGCCACACGGACGAGGAUCUACUCCUUCGCGCGCGCGCUGCAGUGCCCACCGAAGCAGCGCUGUCCCACAUCCACAAGCCCGUCCGCGCAGCAGCGAGGGAGCAGCGUAGCGAGCACGUCGGUUAAGUCGCUCACCUACAAGCGCUUCUGUCGGGAUGUGCACGGGGCACGGACAGCACGGACACGCACAAAGACCGACAAUGGGAGCUCCAUCACGAUUCGCACAGAAGAGGACCUCUCGCUGAUUCGCAUUUUGGAUGGCUUAGAGAGCCACAACGCCGUCUUUUUUGUUUCCUCGCGCAGCUACCCCUUUCUGUUAUACGGGAAAGAAUCACUUGAACGUGUCUUCACCGCACCACCAGACAUGCUCGGCGGCUCCGUCCCCACCGCCGUCUCGUACCUCGCAGAACUCGACCUCUUCCUCUGUUACUCCACCGACGACCGCCUCCUGCGCGGGUGGUACUGCCUCCUUGCCCAAUCCAUCGCCACCGUGGCAGUGACCCCGCUGCUGAUCGAAGGGUUUGUGCGCCGCAUGCGGGUCAUGCCGAUCUGUUCGCCCACCUACGCCGACUACGCCGAGAGCGUCUUUCUCGGGGACAGCUACGGUCACGUGAUGCACGUGACGGCCCCGCGUGGUCGCUGCGGUGGCAUGGCGUUCGAGAUGCAGCGCAUUUACAAAGGCUUGCACUCGCGCUCCUCUGGUGGCCUCGUGGACUUCUGCGUGUACGGGUCGCAGCUAUACUCCUCCGGCUUUGAUGGCCGAGUGGUGGCGACCUCGCUGCUUACGGGUCAGUCGUCCGAAAUCGGCUGCGUCGUGCACCAGCACCUGCACGCGCUGGUGUACGUCCCGGCGCACAACGGACUCGUGGCGGCCACCUCGGGCUCGCGGCAGCUGCUGUGGUGGGAGGCCGGGUCGCAGAGUGCGCUGCCCGGGGUGGCGUUUGACCACGCGGGCUACGGCGACCACACAGCUGCCAUUGUGGCUGUGGUGUACGUGGUGGAGUCGGACUACGUGGCCAGCGCCGACUGCGAUGGCGUGGUGAAGGUAUGGGAGAUGGCCACCCACCACUGUGUGCAGUCUUUCCAGAGCAGUCGCACCAGCGGCGACGACGCGAGCGGCAGCGGCGGCAGCGGAGAGGCGGCGCCAGCGACCACGCUCAAAUCACGGAGCAGGGCCAAAAGCAUCAGCGAGUCGAUGGACGGCUUCUCCGCGAGCGCUGGACGCGACAUGAUGAUGUUGACCCACAACGGACUGCAUUCGCUCCUCUCGGAGUCGGCAGGCACCCACAACGUCGGCGGCGCUCAAUGCCACGCUUUGGUGUACUGCGCGGAGACCGAGGAGCUCAUGUGCGGCUUUGCAAACGCGAUCACGUGCAGGGGCCUGCGCGGCAACAGGAGCCCAUACGUGUGCGACGCGGUGGAGGUGUGCCAGGAUGUCCUCUAUGAUGUGCGCAACCAUACCUUUCUGCUGCGGAGUGCGACGCGGCUGGGCGUGUGGGAUGGAGUUACCGGGGUGCGGCGGGGGCUGUUGGAUCGCACAACGGUGAAAAACACUUCGCACGCGAAGGCGGACAUCAAAGCGGUGUGUCUCGACGACCUGGGCAGCCGGGUCUUCCUCAGCGCCGGGGACGGCAACGUGUACGCGUACUCGACGCAGGGGCUGGCCGCCGAGGCCGGAGGUGACGACGACGAGUCGCUUCACUUGUGGAACGCCGCCACCUUCGAGGUCGGGCCGGACGGCAGCCGCACACCGGUUUUCGUAGAGAAGAUGCACUUUUCGUCGACCUUGCGCACGUGGAUCGCGAUCACGUCAGGCGGGAUGUUGCUCGUGCGAAACGAGGCGGACAGUCAGCAGACGGUGGCUGCCGCCACCUUCACCGUGUCUUCGGUUGCGCUUACACACAUGCGUGUGGCAGAAGAGCUGGGGCUCGUGGCGGUGGUGGAUGCGGAGCACAGAGUGUAUUUGUACGAUAUGGAGGCGUGGACCGACGCGCCGGAGACCCGUUCGCUCGUGCAAUACGGCCGCAUUGUGGAUUUGACCUUUCUCGAAGCCGCACCCGUACUGGUGACGGUGCACGCGGGUGGGGUAUGUCGGUGCUGGUCGUGUCCGCCUGCCGUGGAGUGCUUUGAGUUGCUUGGCACCAUUUAUCAUCCACAGCUCCCACCGCCGGCAGCGAGUGAGGAGGAGACGCUGUACGACAUUACACGCCCAGGGAGUUCCACAUCUGGUGCUGGUGGCCUCUCGUCGGCAAAGUUGUCUGGGUCGAUGUCAGCGUCAGGGGACGUGGCAGCGUGUAUGGCGACGCAGCCCGCCAAUGCAUCGUUGUCUCGCACUCCUUCCGCGCGUCUGCUGACAGCGCCUUUUCGGGAUGGCAAUUCGUCCUUUUCAAGAAAAAACGCGUCGCGACACCCCGUCGCCAAAGCCGGGACAGAUGAACUGACAGACAGCAAGAGUGGAGCGGUGGCGGGGCCUGGGCACACCAAUGAUCAACAGCCCUCCGCAAACGGGUCCUACACGUGGGCAAAUAAUACAGUGGACUUUGGUCACGCGAGUUGCCCAGACGCUCGCGAUCAUCAAUCGGUUGCGCCGGAGACUCUCAUUAAAAAUUCUGUAGCGCGGACACCGACGCUCUUAAGGGAAGAAAAGGAGUUCACCGCUGUGGGCUACGACGGACAGAGCCACCACCUUUUCCUCGGUGACACGAAGGGUGUAGUGCACGUUUAUCGCGUGUGUGAGAUGCUCCAACGGUACCGACUGCCCCGCUGCUCCUACGCCGCACGGCCGGCAUUUUCGCUCUUUGCGGCAGGGCGGUUGAAUUCUACUGACAGGGAGAACAAGGACGGCGAAGAGGGAGGCAAGGGCGAGGCGCCGGUGCACACGCCCUGUGAUCCUGUGCGGCUGAGGUCCGUGGAGGUGCACGAUCUCCAUCGUGACCGCACCGUGCCGCGUAAGCGGAACCUCAGCCUCGUCGCGGCGGCGCGCUUACCGCAGCACCAGCUACAAUCGAAGUCGAAGCCGCACAGUGAAGCGGCUGGCUCGGUGGUGUGUGUGCGUUGGCUCUCCAACCGGGGCGUUCUCGCGACCAGCGGCAACGAUCACGAGGUGUGGCUGCUGAAUGCUGAGGGCGACAAGCUGGGCUUUCUCUCCGAGGAGCGCUUACCGCCACGACCAAGGAAUACACCGUCGACGACACCAUCACCGCCGCUCCGCGACAUGCCGGGGUCGGAGUCUCUCGCCAUGAGUUUGUCCCACGGAAAGUCAGCGAGGCCGGACGAUGCCCUGCCGUUGCAGCGGCCCUUCUUUCUAUCGCCUACGCAGGCAGCCGUGGCAACCGCAAAUGUGUUUGCGGGGCCACCACCGUCCACGGGUGUGCUGCCGUGUUGUACGCAUUCGAACCUCUCCAGAGACACGUUGACAACGAACACGUCGCAUUUUCUUCCUUUGCAACCCAAAGACGACGACGGCGGUGUGACAAGUGCGACAGCAACGGCAGUUCGCGGUAAUGUCGCCGAAGUGCGUGCGGACAAAUGGGACGCUAUAUCUCUCCAGCCCCAACCCGUCGCUGGUGACCCGCCGCAUCCACCACGUCCGGCGUGUGAACUGGCAGAUUACCUGACCCUGACCAAUUUGAAAACCCCGCUGGAGAACCCGAAGUCGGAUAGGAGGGCUGGGGAGGGCGGCACCGUCGCCGCCAACAACACCACACCGAACUCCUCCCAGCGCAAUUCUUCUUCUUUCCCCGCCGCGUUUCUCUCUUCCAAACCCCUUCCUCUUCCCCAGGCAACAGAAAAGAAGCCCGUGCGUCGAACGUCGAAGCCGCCUCGCUUCACCAAGUCGGGCUACGCAGUUCCGAGUGUUCAAGCAGCCGACGCAGAUCAGCAGAGAGGUCCUCAUCGCGCAACCGACGAUGCAGUGGCGGACAACGAUGCGAACGCUUCUCCUUCCGUCGCUAACGUCGUCGAGGGCCCUCUCCUUCCCUCCGGGCAACGCCUCUGUAGCCCAUCCCUACAGCACGAAAGCGUACGUGAAGGUGCUGAGGGAGACGCCUGCUCACGCAUCUCCUGCAACACAGACGCGCCGACGCUGCCGAACGCGACGGUGUUGCCGACGCAUGUGUAUUUCCCUUCGAACAUCCGUCGUGCGUCCCCGCCUGUCACACCUACAAAACCGACGGAGGCGGACAACGGCACCUGUGAGUCGCCUCUGUGUAUGGUCACAGGUGUGGCCUUUCGGCAGCCAUCGACGCGACAGGGCCAACAAGAGGACACGGCGUAUUCUCCCCGGAUCGCCGCAGAGAACGACCCAUCAGCCUUCUUCACACGCAUUGUACCUCAACGGGGGCCGCCCGCGCUCACAUCGGUGCUAGGACCAAAAACAACCGGCGAUGCAGCCAGCCGCGGAAGAUUCGGAGCACCAGAAAAAGGUCGAUUUGUCUCGCCGCCGGGUGCGGCUCGUAUGGGCGCGAUGAACUUGCCGACACGGCUCGCUGCCCCGGAGUACGCAGCCCCGCCAAAAGGUACUGCGGCACAAGACUUGCCCAUGUUGGCCUACACCUCUCCAGGAGAAGAGAACGAGACGUUAGGGCUGUACUCGCGAGAGCUGCAGCAGCGACUCCGUCGACCACGUGGCUCAGACACAUGA